AUGGAUGAGUUAGAAGCGAAGCUGAUCGCAAAUGGUCAAGCUUAUGGCUACACUGGAGAGGCAUUGCGUACUUACGUAGAGGAGCGUAUCGAGAAGCACGAGGAGAAAGUGCGUGCAGACAGAGAGCGCGACGAACGAGCAGGAAGUAGAUUGGAAAGGAAAGAUGACGAGCAGCUGCUUGCGAGGAUUGCAGAUUUGGAGUUGCAAGUCCAGCACACACGAGAGACUCAGAGUGAUGAGAGCACUUUGUUGAAUACGACGAAUGGCAGUUUAGCGAGCAAGAGGGCUGCCAUCAAGAUGCCGAAGUUCGACGGUAAGCAGACUGUUGAGACCUAUCUCGAACUGUUCGAGGAUGUGGCAAAGCAAAACGAGUUCAGCGACGACGAGUACCUGAUCCGCUUGCGCGUGGCUGUUGCUGGCAGCAAGUUGGAAGGUGCAUGCUAUGGCUGCAACACCUUUGCCGAAGCGAAGCGCGAGCUGCUGAUGGCGCAUGGGAAGACCGCCGACAAAGCGUGGCAAGCCCUGAUGGCCAUACAGCAGAAAAGUGAGGAGAGUUUCUACCAGUUUGUGGUACGAGUGACGCGCGAGACGGAGAAGUGGGAAAAACUCGCCAGGCCUAGCCGUACCUCUAGCCGCGGACAAAUCGGUGAGCUGGACGACACUGAAUUGUUCGGAUGUGUCGUACGUCAAGUCCUGCUAGAAGCUGUGUCGGCAGAAACUAAGGCCUUCUUGAUCGAGAAGAGAUGUUACACGAAGGACUUGAAGGCGUUUGCGGAGGAUAGUAUGGCUUACCAAACAGCCCACGGACGUAGCAAGCUGAAGCCUGCCAAGUCUAGCACCAGCGACAAACGUAUACCGUUUGCGUCGGCAGAGUGUUUGACGGUCAGCGUUGAUGAGGCUAACAAGAAAUUGUCAGCUAUGGCGUCUGAGCACCGAAACGCGUACGUCAAGGCAGAGGGACUGUGUUUCAACUGCCUGAGACCAGGACAUCGAGUGAUGAAUUGUCAGAACAAGGGUCGUUGCAAGCACUGCAACAAGCGACACCACAGUCUACUGCACAGAGAGGACAAACAGGUAACAUCCGAACCGAUAGCCGAAUCGAAAGUCGGUACAAAUGAAUGUAGUGCAAACAGCGUGCACUUGAUGACCGGCGUGGCUGAGGUACAAGGACCUAGCCGAAAGGCCAGUGUACGCAUAUUCAUCGACCCAGGUGCGCAGGCAUCGUUCAUCACCGCGCCACUGGUGAACUCGCUGCAACCGGCACACCUUGGAUCGCAAACUGUCAGGCUGAAGGCGUUUGACGUGGAGCCGAAGUUUGAAAAGAUGGACAGGUACCGUGUCACCAUCAAGGGUGCAACGAAGUCCAUUUCCGUCAAUGCCUGGCAAAAGAAGUCGCUAGGUCUCCGAUUCGAUCCGCUAGCAGACAGCACAAUUGCACGUUGGCAGUCACAGGGAUUGCAGCUGUCUGAUGACUCGACAAAGGCCGGAUCAAGCGAAGUGCACAUGCUGAUUGGAGCUGACUACUGCAAUGAGUUCCUUCUCCGCAAGGAGCAAAUCAAUGGAGAGACGGCCUGGCACACUGAAAUAGGCUGGGUGCUGUCAGGACCGGCUAAUAGUGAAACCAAGUCAGCGACCGUCAGUGUGAGUUGUAUUGAACUUGACCGACUGUGGAAGAUGGAAGAGGUGCCGGAAAUAGCUGAGACGUUACCGGACUUCCCGAUAGAACGGCAAGGCCCUCAUUACCAAGUGGGAUUGCUAUGGCGAUCUGAGAAGCGUCCGCCAGCCAACCUCAUGAAACCAAGCGAUGGCAGCGGCACAAUCACUGCUGAAGCAGCUACAGAGACGAGGUCAACGUCCAGCGUAUGA